AUGAGAAAGCUGAAUUGGAACGAAGAACUUGAUAGAAUUGUGAGAAGGAUCAACUAUACGAGCCUCAAGCUUCAAAAUAUGGAAAAUUGGAGAUUUACAUUUAUUUCCAAUUACACAACAGGAUCCGACGAGUUGAAAAAUGACCCAAUAACCCAAGCACCAUAUCCAAACUCAACAUCUCCGGGACCAAGUAUUUUGGGAAAUUCUGAAAGAAAGUUUCCAGAAACAGCAACUCUACCAAAAGAAUUGGAGGAUUACGUGGAAGUGGAUGGAGAUGAUUAUGAUGAGGAUUUUGCAACUGGAGAACCUCUUCUCGAUUCUGGAUUCUCGAAUUUUUUGCAGUUUUGGAUUACUGUACUUGUUGUUUUUGGUUCUUGUUUUUUUUUGGUUUUGAAUUGA